AUGGCCGCGCUGCUCUGCCGCUCCUACGUGGUGGCGGGCGGCGACGAGGGCAGCGACAGCGACAGCGACGAGGGCGGCUGGGACAUCGGCAUCGUGCGGCAGGAGCCGCAGCAGUUGGAUCAAAUGUUACAGGCGGAAAAGAAUGAGGCAUUAAAGAAGGCUCUGUUUCGUGGUGAUGUGUCUUUAAUUGAAGAACUCUUAAACUCAGGCGUCAGCAUAGAAACUAGCUUUCAGUUUGGAUGGACUCCCCUGAUGUGUGCUGCCAGCGUGGCCAACUCUGCGGUAGUGCGUCUUCUUCUGGACAGAGGUGCCAAUGCAUGUUUUGAAAUAGGUAAAUACACUGUGUUGAUGGCAGCAUGUACUGCACAAACUUCAGAGGAGAACAUCCUGAAGACUGUAGAACUGCUUCUAUCAAGGAAUGCUGACCCUAACCUUACCUGCAGGAAAGAAAUGACUGCACUGAUGUAUGCAGCUAGGAAAGGCUAUGCUCGUGUUGUUGCUCUGCUUGUCGCUCAUGGAUCGCACAUAAACGCCCAAGAUGAAAAUGGAUAUUCAGCAUUAAUGUGGGCAGCACAGCAUGGACAUAGAAGUGUAAUUUUGAAGUUGCUUGAGCUAGGAGCUGACAAAGAUCUACAGACUAAGGAUGAAAAGACAGCAGCAGACCUAGCAAAAAUCAAUAAACAUUCAGAGAUUUUUAGUUUGCUCUCUUUGGCUGCAAAUCACGUGCAAGGGAGAUACCAUAAAACAGUUGAGCAGGAGGCUAUCUGCAAAUUUCUGACAGCAGUCUCUGACCACAGAGUUGGUUCCUGUUCACUCUUUGAUGACAUGGAAGUGUUUUUACAUGGUCUUGGUCUAGAACACAUUAGAGGACUAUUGAAGGAACAAGAUCUAGCUUUAAGAGAACUUCUGAUCAUGAAAAAAGAUGACUUAAUAAAGAUUGGCAUUACAAAUCCUGGAGAUCAAGAGAAACUCCUAGGUGCUAUUAACGAGCUGCAAGUGGAUGAAAAAAGGCUUGAAGACUUCUCUGAAGUUUUGAAGCUGGAAUUGAGUGAAGAUGAAUUCUGCAAGUUUCUUCAGAAGCUGAAUAAACAGUGUAAUAAGUUGAUCAUUCCUGUGCAGAACAUGAAUAACCAUUUCCGCAAAAAUUCUCACAAGAUGGUACUGCAGUGGGCACCGACUGAAACUUACAUUGAACUCUGCAAAGAUUUGGUUUGCAGUGUUAAAAAGUUGGAAGAAGAAGUUGCCAAACUGAAGGACCUGGUGGUGGAGCAUGAACAGAAGAAUGAACCCAACCAAGUGAAACUUCCGAAAAAAGCAGCCACCUUGGAAAAAAGAUUAGUUAAAAUGGGAGGGACAUCUCCUUCAAUGCAAGGAAAAUCCCAUAGAGUGAUGAGGCUAGAGGAAAAAAGAACAUAA